UUCUCAACGAUCAGAGGCGGAAGUGCUGUGAGCCACAUACUGAGAGAAAGCAGCAGAGACACACAGGAAGUUGCCAAGGGGAAGUUCAGUGGUUGUUGCGUCAUCAUUUUUAAGUUGCUUAUUGCCUUGUCGAUGCAGUGAGUGAAGGUUGAAAAAUGAAGCAGAAAUGUGGACAAACAUGUUAAUGUAUGAACUACAGUGCAACCAGGAAGCAGCCGACAACAUGCACUGAAGUAAAGGAAAAAGAAACCACCGGCGGCAGCAGCAGCAGCAGCAGCAGUGGAGUGUGUGAGAUGAAAUGAGCAACAACUCCUGAUAAUCUUAGACAUCACAUCAGGGGAAUUGGUCACUAACUCGUGCACAGCAAGUCACAGAGCCAGUGUGUGUGUGCGUGUGUGUGUGUGAGACGGUGAAACUCUGAAUGUGAGGUGAAAACAUCAGACAGCAGAAAUGCCAAGAGGUCGGAGAAAAGGAGGCAACAAAGAGAAGGUGUUUGGAUGUGACCUCCUGGAGCACCUGAACGCCUCGUCCCAGGAGAUUCCUCUGGUCCUACGAUGCUGCAGUGAGUUUGUGGAGCACCACGGCAUCGUGGAUGGAAUCUACAGAUUAUCUGGAGUCUCAUCCAACAUACAGAAACUCAGGUCUGAGUUUGAGAGCGACGGUCCUCCGGAUCUGAACAAAGAUGUGUAUCUGCAGGACAUCCACUGUGUCAGCUCUCUGUGUAAGGCGUAUUUCAGAGAGCUGCCCAACCCCCUGCUCACCUACCAGCUGUACGACAAGUUCGCUGAGGCGGUGGCCAUCCAGCUGGAGGAGGAGAGACUGGUGAAGAUUAAAAAUGUGCUGAAGGAGCUGCCGCCACCACAUUACAGGACCCUGGAGUUCCUGAUGUUUCAUCUGGUCAGAAUGGCCUCGUAUUCCACAGAGACCAACAUGCACGCCAGGAACCUGGCCAUCGUCUGGGCACCCAAUCUGCUCAGGUCAAAGGACAUCGAGGCCACUGGUUUUAACGGUACUGCAGCCUUCAUGGAGGUCAGAGUCCAGUCCAUCGUGGUGGAGUUCAUCCUCACACAUGUCUCUCAGCUGUUUCCUGAGGAAGGUGUAUCAAGGGAAAGGAGGAAGUCCCUCCCCUCUCCCUUUGCAGUGUCCAAUCAGGAAGAGGGAUUUUUGAAGUCUGUUUCCAUUGGGCCGGUGACCAACUUUGGGAACAUCAGUCCUGGGGACGGUCCUCUGGCCAUGAGACCCUACCAUGCCAUCAUCGAGGGCACGGACAAGAGAAAGGGAUCUUUGAAAGGCAGGAAGUGGAUGUCCAUAUUCAACAUCGGAGGGCGGUUUCCUGACCCUCGACGAAGGCACAAGAACUCGGCUAAAGAGAAGGACCGGUCUUCACUGAGACCAGCACGAAGUAUGGACUCCCUCAGCACACAGUCGUAUCCCAAAGAAGGUUCCAGACAGCCUGUACAGCACCACCCCUCGCCCCCCACCGUGUCUCCCCUCGUCUCUGCGUCCCCACAGGCGGCUCCAGACGUGACUGCGACCUCUGGUAGAAUGGGGGGCAGUGAAUAUGCCGUGACCUACCGCAGAGGAACUGGAUUGGUCAUCGGAGGAACCCAGGGAACAUACACCGCUCUGGACCCUAACGGUUCAGGGACCACAGGCAGCGACGUCCUCCAGUCCAGAUCCCCGGGUCUGUCCACUAAGGCGGGACGAAGAGCGGCCAUGCACAUCACAGGUCCGACCUUGGUGACCGUACCGCUGCACAUCACCUCCAACCUGGCAUUAGGAGUCCUGCAGGGAGGGGGCAGCGACAGGGUCAUCCACCGAGGCAGGUGUAAGGAUGGAGGAGACAAGGUGGAAGGAAAAGAUGUAGCAGGAAAGGUUGAGUGGAGAACAGGAAGGGAGAAGGUGGAGAAAGAAGACGGGAAAGAAAGGGAAGUAGAGAAGGACAUGGACGGAGGUGUGCACGUGGAAGAGCACGAAGUAGUAAAGCCCGAAGAGAGGAGGGAGGAAGAGGAGGUGCAGAGAGAAGACGCUGGACACAAUCUGGAGCAGAUGGAGGAAGUUGGAGCAGGGGCUAAAGAGCAGCGAGCUAAAAGCUGCAGCUCCAACACAGAAGAGGAAGAUGCUGCACGUGAUAAAGAAGAAAAUGAAUACAACACAGACUAUAUGGACAUGAAAGGAAAUGUCACAGCUGAUCCUGGACCAGCAGUGACCACACAGCCUGGAGAGGUGGACAUGUUUGAUGGUACUGAUGUUCACAACUCCACAGCAGUGGAUGGAGACAACCAGGAGCUGUUUGGCUACGUCCAGGACAACUUUGAAUUCCUGGACCACAUGGACUGCAGCAGCUCCUAUCAGGUGAACGAGUUCUCCGUGGAACCUCCUGGUCACUCAGAUGACGAGUAUGAAGUCAUGGUUCAAGCUGAGGUUCUUCAUCAUCCAGUGGAUCCUCAGAAGAACAUGCAGCCAGGUGCUGAGUCUCUGGAGCAGAGUCAGAGCCAGUUGAAGCCACACCGGCCGCUCAGCCUGGACGUGAACAGCCGACACACCAAGUCCCUCAGCCUGCCUUACAUGACCUCACCCGUCCGUGGACCGGAGGAGUCCAGCACAGAGGAAGAGGAGGAGGGGGAGGAGGACAGUGACGACUACAGCAGUGAGGAUGAGGAGAGCAUGUUUAUGAAGAGCCUUCCUCCUGAUUUCUUCUUCAACAGUCUGGGCAGGUUUGGACAUGAGGAUGUUGACAGGAUGGACGGAGUGACUGUCGAGGAGCUGCGGCUCCGUGAGCAGACAGAGUCGGAGAGGCUGCACUCCAACGAACAAACUGGUGGAGAUCAGGGGCAAAGAGAAGUGAUGGAGGAGGAGGAAGAUGAUGAAGGACGGGUCGAGACAGAGACGACAGAGAAUAAAGAAGAGGGAAAAGACCACAAUGAGCCCAAGGAAGAGCUGGAAGAGGAGGAGCUGGAAGAGGAGCAGGAAGAAGAGGGGCUGGAAGAAGAGGGGCUGGAAGAGGAGGGGCUGGAAGAGCAGGCGAUCAGCAUAAUAAAAGAAGAAGAGGUCGGCGACAUGGACAACAAUCAAGUACUUGAAGAGAAGUCUGCUGGAGAUGCAUCAUUCUGCUGCAUGGACUUUCCAGAACCAUACAGUGAUGAGUUUAACAUUAUCAGAAAUGAGGAGGAGAAGGUGAAGGAGGAGGAGGAGGUGAAGGAGGAGGAGGUGAAGCCUGACAGUCCUCUUCCUGAUUAUCUACCUUGUCACACAGAAGAAGAAUCCAGGGGUCAGGACUGUGACGCAGAGGAGACAAAAGGAAAACAGACUGAUAAUGAAGACACCCCAGAAACUGCAGAAGGAGACACAGGAGGGAUGUUUGAGGAGAGGAUGCAGGAAGGAGACUCAGAGGAGGAGAGUGAUGUUUGUAGUAGUAGUAUUUGGGAGCAGCUGGAGGAUGUCGUUUGUGAGGUGAUUGAGGAUGAAGAAGAUGAGAUGGUCCAGAGGGGGAGUGAAGGAAAUGCAGAGGAGAGGGACGAGAAGGAAGUUGAGGAUUUAGAGGGAAUAACACGGCAAGAGGGAGUGGAAGGGGGAGGAGGGAGAGGAGCAACAGAGACAGAAGUUAGAGAAGAUGUAGAGACAGAACCGAUGGAUACGACUGGAGACACCAACGCAAGUUCAGAGGGACAGAAAAAGAAGGUUGGUCUACCAGAAAUACAACUGGAGAAGAAAACAGUCAAUGAAGAAACAACGCGUCAUGACAGAGAAGACGCCGCGGAAAACAAGAGCAACGCUUAUGGUGGCGCUGAUGAGCUGCUAAAUAAACCACAAGUUGAAUACAAGCAAGUAAAAGAGCUGGAGUUUGACGGUUUGAAACCACAGAGUGUGGACAGAGACACUCUGUCAGGCAGAGGGGUUGGCAGGAUGCUGGUCAUCUCCAAAAACCCAAAGAUUUAUCAGGUGAAGGCAGUGCCGGUGGUUCCUCCCAAACCUAAACACUGCAAAUUCACCGCCCUGACCAUCUGGCAGCAGCAGCAGCCACAGCCGCAGCAGCAGCCGCAGCCACAGCACAAAGAUGGAGCCUGUAGGCAAACCCUGCUGGAGCAAGACAAGGUCUGGUGUGCAGAAGAACAGGAAAAAGAUGGAGGUGAGAGGGAUUGGAGGAGGAGGAGUGAGAGACGAGAGGAAGUCGCAAGGAAAAACAGUCCACUCAGCAUGUGUUUUGACGAGGCCGUAGCUAUAGCAACCAUGAGGAGGGAAAAAGAGAGAGAGUGUGAGAAAGAGAAGAGGGAGGGGAAGUGAGGUCUGGUCAGUUUUUUAUUAUUAUUUUAUUUCUUCUUCGUCAGCUUUUUCCUCUUGAGAAGUGAAGCUGCUGCAGAAUUCAGCAAAUGUAGAAGGAAACAGGGCGACACGGGUCACCUGUCCACUGCAGGCUACGUGUCGAUACAAGAAACAUUCUUCAGUCAAUUAAGAACCUCCAAGAACUCCUCAUUUCCAACCUACAUGUUUAGGAAUGUGGUAGGAAACCACGGCACUCAGGGAAAACUCGUGACAUAAGGUGAGAACUUGACAAAACCUAAUGUCUAGAAGUCACUGUCUGAGCAUGAACACUGAGAAC